AUGAGAAGCUUGAAUGACCAUGACGAGAUGACCGUUGGAAAUCCCGUUCCUCCCUCUACAGUAGUCACACUGGACAAAGUCACCAUGAUGCUUGGUGGUACCGGCCCUAACAAUGGGGAUGAGCCUCGGCGGCCGCUCAUCAAACAGGAAGCGGUGGAUGUUGAGGAUAAUUCUUCACGAUCUGGGCAAUACCUUGGUAUCAAUGCUAUUAGUGGGGAGCUCCCGAAGCAGCACAGUGACCCUGGCCUUCGAACUGCGAGGGAAGGCAGUUUUGAGGCAGAGACUUCACACUGGAGUUAUUUUCAACGAAAAGAGUAUGACAAAUUUCGUGAGCAUAAGUCGGUAAUAGAACGUUACAACGUUGAGACAUAUUCAUCGCAGUGGGAAGCAAACGUUGAACACAAGACUGUGCUUAGAAUGCCUCACAACGUCAGUGCUCCCAGCUUGUUGUUGCAGACCCAGGAAGAACGGAGAUAUGAAUAUCGUAAAAAGACGUUUGAGAAAGAAACUUCACAUGGGCCUCCUGUUUUUUCCCAGGCACUACACGGUGAUGAGAAUUUUCGCGGCCACUACUCCGACAUCAGCGGGUCUGAGGACAGUCCAAGUAGUCGAGAGGCUUCUCCAUAUACCAAAGACUAUGCCAGUCACUGUGGACAGGGUGACGCUGGCUCAUAUGAUGAGGUCCCACGUGAAGAAAAAAGGAUCAUUCAUCAACCAACAAGCAUUGUCAUAACAAGUGAUGAUGAUUGUGUGACAACAGUUAAAAGUGAUACAGAUUUGUCUCCCUUGACAGAGGAGGGCAGAGCCCGCAGUAGACAUUUAUAUCCUGGUAAUUUCAAAAAGUUUUUACAUGCGAGGUACUUAAAGAGCCAGAAACACAGUGGAUCCUCCUCAUCAACAGACACAUCCCUGGAUCACUCUCAGGACAAAUCUGACACAUCUCUCGGCACAGCCUCACCAGAUAUCCUGUCUUGUGAGACCAGCCUUGAGGUACCAGAAUCAGCAGUGUCUCCUUCACUGUCUUUUGAGGCCAAAUCACCGGAAGUGACUUCGGAAACAAGUGAUGACGGAGACGUGUUCAUGGGGCCUUCAGGGAAGCAGCCUUCAACCCAGAAACGCACAAAACCCUCAUCACUACCUCAGAGUGGUAGUGGUGAACCUCUUGAUCUCACAAACACUCCGUCUUUCCGAGGACCGAUUCCUACGCCUCGAAUAUUUCCCCCUGACUCAGGUUUGUCUACAAGUGAUCCUGAUCUCAUGAGCCCUUCAGCUGCCAAGCAGCAGUUCUCUCCAUAUGUGCACCGCUCGCCAGGGGUACCUCACUACAUCUCAUCUGCUCAAUCCUCUCCCCUGUGUUCUGUACCUGAGGGAGGCCAUGUGUUUAAUUUCAACCUGCCCAGUCCUUUCGAGGGAUUCUACUCCGAUCCUGAACUCCUGUCGCCUAGUCCCAUGUCACCUGGACUUCACUUUGCAUUCCCACCUCGUGCUGCAAUGGUAACAUCUAUGUCGGAACUCAAUCGCCUUGCAGUGUCGCCACGUGCCUAUUAUCCUAAUCAACCAUUGAAAGUACCAAGCCAAAAACUAUCAACUAGUCCUGUAGGGAAGAUGGAAGUUAAUGAAUCUCAGAGUGUUGAAGGAGGACGGCGGACUCUGUCUGACUCUGAUGCCUACUUGUGUCCUGUAUGUACACAAGUUUUUCCAUCCUAUGAUAAUUUAGCCAAGCAUAUGGCCAAGCAUUUGCCUACAGAGACCGUACGUCAGGGGGAUAACAACAAAGUGCAUUACUGUAAAGUGUGUAAUCGCUGCUUCUCGCGCAGUGACAUGCUUACACGACACAUGAGGCUUCACACGGGGCUCAAGCCAUAUGAAUGUACUGACUGUGGCCAGGUGUUCAGUCGUAGUGACCACUUAAACACACACAAACGUACACAUACAGGAGAGAAACCAUACAGAUGUCCACAAUGUCCCUACGCUGCCUGUCGACGAGACAUGAUCACAAGACACAUGCGCACACAUGCUAAAAGAUCUGCAAAGCGAGGAAAAUAUCUCUCAGUACCAGAACGAGAAGGCGAUGUACGGAAGAGUUCACUGUCUAGUACUGACACUACCGAUUCCCAGGAGCAUUCAAUGAGGACUUAUUCUGCCUCAAGUGUUGACAGCUUAGAACUGGAUAGUGCUGGUUCUAAAUUGUCUGUAAGUCGUGGGGACAGUGGUGAACGAUUCUCAGUAAGUAGGGGGGACAGUGGAGAGUGGUCACCAUAUCCGGUGAGUCGUGGGGAUAGUGGUGAACAGUUUCCCAUCAGUCGUGGGGAUAGUGGAGACCGCCAGCUUCCUGUUAGCCGUGGAGACAGCAGUGAGCGAGUGUUCUCUGGCUACAAUGAACGGUCCUUCCCUGUAAAUCCAGGUGAGGGAGGGGAUAAAUCAUUCCCGGUAAGUCGCGGUGACAGUGGAGAUCUACAGUUCCCCAUCAGUCGGGGGGACAGUGGAGAUUUGGAUUCCAAAGGUCAUCCAUGGACAAAUACAAGUACAGAUAGCACAGUAUUUGAAGAUAUAAGUCAGGGGCUGGAGAAAAGUCACAAGCUCAAACUGCUUCAGCUCCAACGAGAGGCUGCUACAGUUGACCCUAACUAUGGCUACCGUAAGAUGCGCAACUGGUCAACAGCGAGUUUUGAAAGCAUAGAUUCAGAGGAUGGCAAGUCACGGCCCGAGUCAUUUGCCGAGGAUACUAUAUACGAGUAUGAGUAUACGGGUGAGAUUGGGAGAUAUGGUGACAGUCCCUCUGCAGCCACAGAGAGGCUUCAGAAAUGUAGAAUAAGCACAGAUACCAGUGUUGACCAGCACCACCUGGUGGUCACAGAUAUGGAGGGAAGUGUGGGCAGCAAAGAUCAAGGGACGUAA